CCCCUUUAUAGUCGGCGAGGUCAUCCAAGAUGGCGUCCAAGGUUGUCCAGCUAGGGACCCAACAAAUAAAACCUAUUCUAUCUGCCAACAAGAUAGAAUCGCGGAGAAGAGUACUGAAUCUUUACAGAGCUUGGUACAGACAGCUACCAUAUAUAGUUACAAACUUCCAUGUACCGCUGACAACAACACAAUGCAAAAGCCGCUUGAGGAAUCAAUUCAGCAAAAAUAAAGGACUCACGGAUCUUCGUGUCAUCGACAUGAUGGUUAUCAAGGGCCAGAUGGACCUUAUGGAGGUUGUUAACAAUUGGAAGCAGAGAAAUCAUGUUAUGCAGCUUUUUGAUGACUUUUCUGAAGCUUCUAAAUCGAAAGACUUUUUGGCAAAAUUCUAUGAAGGUCAUGAACAUUAACCCUUGGAGGCCAAAACUAGUAUAUUGUAUAUACCUGGUUUGCUGAGAGUAGCAAGUGUGCUUUGAUCCUUGUAUGAAAAUGAUGUGUUUUCUAGAACAACAGCGAACCUCAACACUUUCAAUUUGGAUCAUCAAGAAAUUAAAAUGUGAAAAUUAAAGUAGUUAUGUGUAAAUAAAUGUUUAAGGUAUUGAA